AUGCAUCAAAAUAACGGCUUUCAAAGUAAAAGUGAUUUUUUCUUUUUCAACAGAUGGAUUUUAAAAAUUGCUGGAUUGUGGUUACCUGAGAAUAAAACCUGGUAUGUUCAGCUUAUUUACAAGAUAUAUGCUUUAACUAUAUUCAUAUCAAUGUACUGUUUUUUCGUAAUGACCGAGUUUAUAUCUCUACUUUAUACGUAUAGUGACUUAAACGAUUUAAUAAAGAACUUAAGCUUUUGUUUAACCGAUUUAUUGGCCACAGGAAAAGUUGUAUUUUGGUAUUUCAACAUAAGAAAAUUGCAAAGGAUUAUACAAAGAUUGGAGGAAGAUCAAUUAAAGUACGAAAGGUGUGAAGAUUUUGACCCGGAGGAGAUAUUUUACAGCUACAAAAUUUUCGGGGUUAAAGCAACAGGGACAUUUUUGGGCUUUGGUUUAUUGACUUUUUUCGCUUCGUGUGUACCUCCGAUAUUAUCGACUCUAAAAGUACUAAUCACAAAUGAUGAAUUUAAACCUCAACCGCUCGUAUAUUACGCCUGGACCCCUUUCAAUUAUGACACCCCUAAAAUGUAUUUGAUAGCACAAAUUUACCAGGCUACCUCCUUGAUUUCAAAAGUUCAAAAUGUCGUUGGGCUGGAUACGUUAAUAAUGAACCUCAUGAAUUUCAUUGCUUAUCAUUUUACUUUGAUUCAACAAGCCUUUUUAACAAUUACUCAAAGAAAGCUACAAAGGCGGAUUUCUUUACAAAAUUUAACUCCUGAAGAACAUAAAAUUAUGGACAAAGAGAUGAAGGAAAUGUGCAAACAAGUACAAAAAAUAUUAGGGAUUUGUAAGGAAUUAGAAAACAUCCAACGCUACCUUAUAUUUUUUCAAACAAUGGCAACUUUGUUCAUUCUUUGUACCUGUCUAUAUCUAGUCUCAUCGAAACCUUUGUUUAGUGACGAAUUUUUCGGAGAGGCAUUUUACUUAAUAUCAAUGGGAACUCAGUUUUUUCUUUUCUGUUGGUUCGGAAACGAAGUCACCUUAAAAGCCGAUCAAUUGUCCAUGUUUAUUUGGAGGUCGAAUUGGAUUGCAAUGAGUAAACAAUUCAAAGAUAGUAUGAUUUUAACUUUGCUUAUCCUGAAAAAACCUAUUUAUUUUUCCAUUGGCAAUUUUGGAGCUUUGACUCUUUCAACUUUUAUGAAUAUUGCCAAGACAUCCUAUUCAUUGUUUGCAUUAAUUCAACAAAAAAGUGAAUGA